UAAAAACUUCCUUGGCUUGUAUAUAUUGCCAUAGUCUGCUGAUGUGUGAUGCAUACUCUUACAAUUCCAAAAAUGAGGUUCUGGUUGGUGCUACAACAAUUGGCACUCAUCAUUAUAAUCAUUACUACUGAUGCUCUUAAGAAUAAUGAGACUGAUCAUGCUGCACUAUUGGCUAUGAAGUCCAAGACCCUGGACCCUUUUGGUGGGGGAGCUUUGAGUUCAUGGAACGAGUCUUCCCAUUUCUGCAAUUGGGAAGGUGUGUUCUGCGGUAAAAGGCACAAGAGGGUCACUCUCAUCUAUCUAAGCUCUUCGGGUUUGUCGGGCACCUUGUCUCCUCAUGUAGGCAAUCUCACCUUUCUUAGACGACUGUGGCUGAACAACAAUACUUUCCAUGGGGAAAUCCCAAAUGAAAUAGGUGGCUUGUACAGGCUCAAAGUAUUAUCGCUCUCAAGUAACAGUUUCCAGGGAAGGAUUCCGGUCAGCCUGUCGCGCUGCUCCAGCCUCAUGCGUCUAUUUAUUGGGUACAAUAAUCUGGUGGGAACCAUCCCAGAAGAAUUUAGCUCCUUGUCGAUGCUCAAGGUGAUCGUCGUACAUGAAAACAAUUUAACUGGAGGAAUUCCAAAAUUUGUGGGAAAUAUCACUUCUCUUGAGUCCUUCUCUGCUGCAAAUAAUCUCUUUGGUGGAACUAUUCCAAAUAACUUGGGGCAAUUAAAGAACCUCUUACAACUUGGAUUGAGUAAUAAUCAGAUCUCUGGUACGAUCCCUUCAUCAUUGUAUAACCUCUCCAACUUGAAUGUUUUAUCUUUAUCAUUUAAUAAUCUUCACGGAAGUCUUCCGCCCUACUUUGGCAACAUGUUCCCGCAUUUGGAAUUGCUUCAACUCCAAGUUAACAACUUUACCGGACAACUUCCAAAUUCAAUAGGGAAUCUCACCAAAGCCAAGGAACUAUGUUUUGACUCUAACGACUUCAGUGGAAAACUGAAAGUUGAUUUCAGCAAACUAGUGAAUCUCUUGCGUCUUAAUUUUAAUUUUAACAAUUUAGGGAGUGGGGAUUUUGACGAAAUGCAUUUCCUCGAGUCGCUUACUAAUUGCAGCGAUUUGGACUUGUUGAGCACAGUUAGAAACCAGUUUAGAGGAGUGCUUCCCGAUUCUGUAGGGAAUCUAUCAUCAAAUAUGCAUCACUUCAACCUUGCUGCAAACCAACUGCAUGGCAGAAUUCCUCCGACCAUCGGAAACCUUGUGAACGUGUCUUUGUUAGGCUUGGCAUAUAAUCGAUUCACUGGGCCGAUACCUAGUACCAUAGGUCGACUUCAAAAGUUGCAGAGACUUACCCUCUUUGAAAAUCAGCUUUCGGGAACUAUUCCGGAAUCAAUCGGGAAUCUUUCUUUGAUGAAUGAGCUCUAUUUAAGUAACAAUAACCUAGAGGGGACGAUACCUUCCAGCAUUGGCAACUGCCAAAGAUUAGUAUUUUUGCGUCUUGAACAAAAUAACUUGAGUGGAACCAUUCCCAAAGAACUUUUCCAAGUUUCAUCUCUAUCGAUUUUGCUCAACUUAUCUCAUAAUCAUCUGUCCGGCCCACUUCCUUCAGAGAUCGGAGAACUCAAAAGUUUGACGUUGUUAGAUAUAUCGAAUAAUGACUUGUCCGGUGAGAUUCCUAGCCGGAUAAGCAGUUGUACCAGCCUCGAAUCCCUAUUCCUGCAAGGAAACAUGCUCCAAGGAUCUAUUCCCAAGUCGAUGGAAUUCUUGAGAGGUCUUAAAAUCCUUGACCUGUCGAGGAAUAAUCUAUCGGGAGAAAUCCCAACAUUCUUGGAGAAACUUUCCUUGAUCAACCUUAACUUGUCCUUCAACAAUUUCAAUGGCGAAUUGCCUUUACAAGGGCCUUUUGCAAACUCAAAUGCAGUAUCCGUGUAUGGCAACGAUAGGCUAUGCGGAGGAAUACCUUCUCUACAACUUCCAAGAUGUCCCGUCAAUAGUAACUUCUUCUUCUCGUCCAAACGCAUCUUUGCAAUAGUGGGUGCUUCAAUAAUAAUAGGAAUACUAAUCCUAAUUUCAAGCAUGGUGUUUUACUUGCGGAAGAGGAAAAGGGAACCCACGACUUUGGAAUUGUUGCCCAAGGAGUCUUUCGUGCAUGUCUCAUACGGCGAGCUCCUCAAUGCAACGGAUGGGUUCUCUUCCAACAAUUUGAUUGGUGCCGGCAGUUUCGGCUUCGUCUACAGCGGAGUUCUUGAUCAGAUCGGAGAUGUUGCCAUCAAAGUACUUAACCUUGUAAACCGAGGUGCGAUGAGGAGCUUCAUGGCAGAAUGUAAAGCGUUAAAGGACAUUAGACAUCGGAACCUCGUCAAGAUCAUAACUUGUUGCUCAAGCAUUGAUUUUCAAGGUAACGAAUUCAAAGCACUAGUUUACGAACUCUUGGUGAAUGGGAAUCUUGAGAAAUGGCUGCAUCCAUCUCAAGAAACUAGCAGACUUGAAUUCAAUCUCCCGCAGCGUUUAAGUGUUGCGAUUGACGUGGCUUCUGCACUCGAUUACCUUCAUUUUCAAUGCGAAACACCUAUUAUUCACUGUGAUUUGAAGCCAAGUAACAUUCUUCUUGACCAACAAAUGGUUGCACAUGUUGGAGAUUUCGGACUGGCCAGACUUUAUAAUCCAGAAAUUGGUAUUUCUCAUCACAGUAGUUCGAUGGGAGUGAUUGGCACAGUCGGAUAUGCAGCACCAGAGUAUGGCCUUGGAAGUGAAAUGUCAAUUAAAGGGGAUGUUUACAGUUACGGGAUUUUGUUGUUAGAGAUGUUAACGGGAAAAAGGCCUACUGAUUUGAUGUUUACGGGUGGUCUCAACAUUCGUAACUUUGCAGGUCAGGCUUUUGCAGGAGAGGCGAUUGAGAUUGUUAUGGAUCCAACCAUUUUACAAAGUGACACUGCUACUGGUCAGAGGGACAGUUAUCUGAUAGCUAUGGUAAAGAUUGGUUUGGCUUGCUCAGAAGAGCUUCCCCAAAACAGGAUGAGCAUGACCAAUGUUGUGAGGGAACUACAAUUGAUCAAAGAGACCAUGUUCAAGUAAAAAAAUAGGUUCACUUUCAACUUUGAUUUUGCUAAGAACUGUACUUUUAUUUAAGCGAAUAAUAGAUUAUAUCAUGGAUG